UCCCCUGUCGACUAGUGGGCCGCGUCUUUGCAGCCUGCGGGCCGCUAACCUGACCCCCUUUCUUCAUAUCCGGAUCCGGGCUCCUCCCCACAAGACCCGGGUUCCGUUCCGGACUCCUCCCCCCAAGACCGCCCAGCCGGCCUCUACUCUCCUAUUACUUGGACUCUGACCCAUUCUCCCUAAUUCUGCUGAUCCUGGCCUAAGAACCCAUAUUCAGGCCUGAAAACAAUGAGUUGACUUCUCCUUUGCCAAGGAUUCAGGCCACCUCUCCCACCGUGACAAGGAUAACUUAUUACCAUCUUGGAAUUGCAGAAUAGGCUCCUUCCUCACCACCUCCCCUCCCCCAGCCGAACCCCCGAGUCUAGCCUCUUUUUCUUACAAUAACACACAUCUGGGCUCCCAGACCCGCGGCACCUCAGAGCCAACCCUUUUCUUUCUCACCUGGCUCCUCCAGUGAGUCAUCCCCAUUCCCUCUAUCUACAGGUUCCCAGCCUGGGUAAGACAUGGCCUCACUGCCCCCCAGAGGCCUGGUCCCACCUCUGCUCUGGGGCCUAAGUCUCUUCCUUAGCCUCCCAGGCCCCAUCUGGCUCCAGCCCUCUCCGUCUCCCCAGUCCUCUCCCCCAACUGAGCUCCAUCCAUGUCAUACCUGCCGUGGACUGGUCGACAGCUUCAACAAGGGCCUGGAGAGAACAAUCCGGGACAACUUCGGAGGUGGAAAUACUGCCUGGGAGGAAGAGAAGUUGUCCAAAUACAAAGACAGUGAGACCCGCCUGGUAGAGGUGCUCGAGAGUGUGUGCAGCAAAUCGGACUUUGAGUGCCACCGCCUGCUAGAGCUGAGUGAGGAGCUGGUGGAGAGCUGGUGGUUUCACAAGCAGCAGGAAGCCCCAGACCUCUUCCAGUGGCUCUGCUCAGAUUCCCUGAAGCUCUGCUGCCCCUCUGGCACCUUCGGGCCCUCCUGCCUCCCCUGUCCUGGGGGCGCAGAAAAGCCCUGCGGUGGCCACGGGCGGUGUGAAGGGGAAGGGACUCGAGGGGGCAGCGGGCACUGUGACUGCCAGGCCGGCUAUGGGGGCGAGGCUUGUGGCCAAUGUGGCCUCGGCUACUUUGAGGCAGAGCGCAACGCCAGCCAUCUGGUAUGUUCGGCUUGUUUUGGCCCCUGUGCCCGCUGCUCGGGACCUGAGGAGUCCAACUGUUUACAGUGCAAGAAGGGCUGGGCCCUGCAUCACCUCAAGUGUGUAGACAUCGAUGAGUGUGGCACGGAACGAGCCAGCUGUGGAUCCAACCAGUUCUGUGUGAACACAGAGGGCUCCUAUGAGUGCCGAGACUGUGCCAAGGCCUGCCUGGGCUGCAUGGGGGCAGGGCCAGGCCGCUGUAAGAAAUGCAGCCCUGGCUACCAGCAGGUGGGCUCCAAGUGUCUCGAUGUGGACGAAUGUGAGACAGAGGUGUGUCCAGGAGAGAACGAGCAGUGCGAGAACACCGAGGGCAGUUAUCGCUGUGUCUGUGCCGAGGGCUACAAACAGAUGGAGGGCGUCUGUGUGAAGGAGCAGAUCCCAGAGUCAGCAGGCUUCUUCUCGGAGAUGACAGAGGAUGAGCUGGUGGUGCUGCAGCAGAUGUUCUUCGGUGUCAUCAUCUGUGCACUGGCCACACUAGCUGCCAAGGGUGACUUGGUGUUUACCGCCAUCUUCAUUGGGGCUGUGGCGGCCAUGACUGGCUACUGGUUGUCAGAGCGCAGCGACCGUGUGCUGGAGGGCUUCAUCAAGGGCAGAUAAUCCUUGCCACAUUUGCAGGAUCUCCUCCUAUCCAGGCUGCCCCCAGAAGUCAGGCCUCUUUCCUGCCUGGACACUUGAGGCAGCUUGCUUUAUUUUUGAGCGGGGUAAAUACCACACCUCACACCUAGGCAGGUGAGACCCUUGGGGUGAAAAAGUAGCCCUAAAUAUGGAUGCCAGGAGAUCUUGGCCUGGGGGAACUGGGUAGGCUUCACAAUGUGUGUGAAUUUUUAAAAAAGUAUCUCCUUGUGGUGGCUGCUAGUGGGCUUUGGCCCCUGUCCAGGAUGAGGGGGGAUUCCCUCCAGGGGUGGGCCCAUCACAGCCUCCUCCUGCCAGCUGCAUGCUGCCAGCUCCUGUUCUGUACCCCUGCCCCUCAGCCACUGAUUAUUUAUUCAUCUCAGGAAAUAAAGGUCUUGGAAAAUGGAGAAA